AUGGGGAGGUCACCGUGCUGCGACCGGCGGAGUGUGAAGCGUGGGGCGUGGUCGCGGGAGGAGGAUGCCAUCCUCACCAGCUUCGUCCAGAGGUUCGCCAAUGCCGGUAACUGGAUGACACUACCAUACAAAGCAGGCCUUAACCGCUGCGGCAAGAGCUGCCGGCUACGGUGGCUUAACUACCUCCGCCCGGCGCUCCGGCACGGCCGCUUCACCGACGAGGAGGACAGCCUCAUAUUGUCCCUCUACGCCGACAUCGGAAGCAAGUGGUCCGCGAUCGCCGCCAAGCUCCCUGGCCGAACGGACAACGACGUCAAGAACCACUGGAACACCAAGCUCAAGAAGAGGCACCUGCUGGCCAUGGUGCCGUCAACAACACCUCCUACCGCGGCCAUCGACAGCCCUUCCGCCUCGGACGCCGAUGAAUCCUCCCUCCCCCCUCCUCUCGACGAAGCCGCCAUCGCCACGGACGACGGCGAAGAGCUCACGCGUAGAUCGGAGGAGCUGUACGCCGAGCUCAUGGGGCUCAUCCAGCAGCAGCCCAUGACCGGGGACGUGAGGUCGUCAUCGUCGUCGUUGUCAUCGUCACGGACGGCUUGUGCAAGUUCUGCCGGCGGCAACAGCGCUGCAUGGCCCGUAGACGACAAAGAAUUCUUGCCGGAGUCUAGCGGGAGCAGCACGGUCGUUGAACUUGACGAUCCUUGCGCUGCUCACGCAUUCGGUGCGGCGUCUUUCCAAGACUUGCUGGCCUCAUCUUACGACGAGGUCAUAGGGACGGAAGGGUUGCUCUACUACUAG